CUCUUGGCUUCUUCACCUUUGUUUGUUUUGUUGGGAACUUGGACAGCAGUUAGCCGCAGACAUCUCUUCUCCCUUUGCGUUUCCCGCAGACGAACAGUGUCAGAGGACAGCAGAGGAGAGAAGCUCAGGCGCUCACCACUGUGUAUAAGAGCGUCGACGACGGGGGCAGAGAGGUUCAGGCUUUGUGUGAGUGUUGAAUUGAGAAGAGAUAUGGGUUACUGGAAAUCGAAGGUUCUUCCAAAGAUCAAGAAGGUUUUUGAGAAGAACGGGAACAAGAAGGCUGCAGCUGAAGCUGAAGCUGAAGCAGGCAAGUCCUUGGACGAUUCCAAGGAAGAGAAACCAGCGGAGGCAAUAAAGUUAAUGGAGGCGGCGACAGAAACAGAGGCAGAGACUGAAACUCAUGAGACUACAAUAGCAACAAUAGCAAUAACAGCAACAACAAUAACAACAACAACAACAACAACGGAUAAGGAGGAGGAGGAGGCAAUAAGUGCGAAAGACAAGGAGAUAGCCAUAGAAGAAGUGAAGAAAGAGGAGGUGAAGGUCACAGAAUCUUCUCCUUCUCAUGCUUCUGCUCCUGUCGAGGAAACCAAGACAGAGGAAACUGAAAUGGCUGAAUAUGCUGCUUCGGCAUCAUCUGUACCGCCCAAGGCCGAAGAAGCCGAAGUACCACCAAAUCCUUGAAGGCAUCAAUUGAAUGAGCGGAAGGCUACGAUCAUGAAUACAUGGAUGAAGGAAAUCAUCCAAUCACAUACGACCAAAACUCGAUUCCAUCACAGCAGAGUUUUUUUUUUUCCCCCCUACUACUACUGCCACCUGUGUAAAAGGAAAAGUUCUUCUUGUUCAGAAGUUCAACCUCAUCCUCAUGAUGAUGCUAAAUAUGAUUUGAUAUUCUUUGGUCCCUAGCUCUUUGUAAUAUUUCAUAUAUAAAAUACCUUCCUGCUGCUCUCUGAUUUUAAAAUUUCAUGGAGAUUAUUUGUAUUGGUACGGUGCAUGCAAUGAAGUGCUUCCAUAUGUUUAAUUUGCA